AUCCACGUUGACUCCUCUCCCUGUCCCAGGGAGGGGAGGAAGGGGCUGUCAUGAUCAUUGGGGGGCACGCCCCUUUUGGAUUUCUUUAUUUCUUCCUUUGAUACUGUGCUUGAAGCGCCUUCGUACCCACACGUCCUCUCUGGUGGUGGCACUGGCCCCAUAGCCUUUUCCCUCCUACGCCUCAAAUGCUCGUUUUGUGCCAUACUUUGGACUUGUGGUGUCAAGAGAGAUUGCCAUGGUCAUGAGGUUCUUGAAAUGGAUUAGGCAAAUUUGGCGAAAGGUGCCCAGUUGGGUCCUGUUCUGGAAACACCUAGGCAAGCCGGGCGCGUCCGACCAGCACGAGAAGCGUCCAUUGACAGGACCGGAGAAGGCUUCCACAGUUUCUGACACUGUAAAGUUGUUCAAGCCCCACAAAGAGGCCAUAGUCGCCGACCUGGAUGUGUGCCCAGGGAUGCUCGAACCCAGUGUGCUGGCCUCAGCCAAGGAAAAAUCUCCUGUGCAUGAUCAAGAGAGCCAUUCGAACCGUGACAGCCGUUCUCUGAUGACCCUCGUCCACUCAGUCUCUAUGUUCAUGUUCUCCAUGCUGCAGUAUGGCUGGCGACUAUUCUUCUAUGAGUGCUGGCUCAGUUUCCUCCCAUGCGAGGACCGGGUCGGCCUUGGGGACGCCAGAGGCUGAGAUGCUGCGGGAGGUGUACCUGGUGCUCUGGGUCAUCCGUAAACAACUCAGAGAGCUGGCCCGCAGGCAGGAGAGGCGCAGACGGCGCCGCAUGCGGUCUCAUCCCUCCCAUACUUCCCGCCACUCUGAGCCAGUGCAGGGCCUCAAACAUGAUGCCCGAAGUCCCCUNUAGUCAGGGGAGCCCCAGAUCCUUUGAAAGCCCCCAUCUCACUCUUAUGGAAGAUGGACAGGAAGGGUUCAAUGGCCAUCAGGCCAGAGCUACUGGUGAGGAGACAUUCGACCAUACUGUCACAUCUCACUGGAGCCCCAAGACCAGGCCUGGGGUCGAACACACUCCCCUUCUCUGUGUUUAUUCAAUUUG